AUGGGAGUGGAGUGUGAGGCCAUGCGGCAAAAGCUGCCGCUGCUGCAGUGGAUUGACAAGACAACAAUUCCUUUUGGGGAAGAAUAUGCUCAUUUUACUUAUUUUACAGGGAUCAGGCAACAGCAUAUCAACGUUGCUCCUUCUACAGGAUCUUUUCCUAAUUGGAGAUCUAUACUAUCACCAACACGGCCUUCCACAGAAACUAAGACUUCCUCAGUAGCUGAUAUUUCUAUGGGACAGACUUUGGAGAACGUGAACUUGCUUCAGAUGAUAAAAACAACACUGACUGGCACACGUACCAGGACUUCAGAUCAAAUUCAUCUGUCGUCCACCCUUUAUCAAGGCAGUGGAAACAGCGCAUCCCAGGAACCCGCUGAAGUUUCAGCCGAGUUGCCUCUGAGGUCGUCAUCUCAAGAUGCAGAUGAAACAGCUGCUGUAUCAGGUUUGCCUCAACUUGGUAUGUUUGCCACAUUGUCCACUACACCAUCAGUGACACAUUUGAGUACAGCUGUGCCAUUUCAGCUAAUACCAUUAGAAACACCCUCCAUUUCAAAAGAGAGCACGUCAGGAUCAGACAUGCUUGCUGCUGUUCCAUCACCAUCAUUCUCCUCAUUGGUAAUUCAGUCACCUCAUACCAUCAACUUUUCUAAACCAGCUGUACUGCCCAUCAAAGUACCUUUGUCUGCAGAUCCUGAAGGCUUCUUCAACACAGAUUCAGCCAGCUCUCAGGUUAGUGAAAGCAGAAAUAGUCCUCUGAGCAUGAUCACUGUAAUAACUUCCAGUAUGGUGAAUCGCAGAAAGGGUCCAGAGUUGUUUACUGGUGCCAUGCCUUUCCAUCUCUUUGAAUCGGCAGCAAUGCAUUUCACAGAAAUAGUGGGAAAAGGGUCUCCUUCAGGAAGGACCUCUUUUUUGUCUAUAUACUCUGAUAUUCCUGUGUCAAAAACAUAUCAGUCUUCCCUGCCAGUAACUUCCAGAAGCCUGUCACGGUUUCCUAAUGAGAGUACGUAUAAUGUGUCUUCUGCUGGAGUAAAACCAAACAGUCAGCCAUUUAAAGCAGCGCUGACUGACAGAAAUAGUGAUAUCACUUCUCUGUCAUCACCAUUUUUUCAGGAUAAAGCAGAGAUUCCUACAUCAGUCUUCCAUCCUGUGGGUACUCCACAUCUAAUACCCCAAAUGAGUCACCCUCAGUCUUCCACAGCACUAACUAAUUGCACUACAGACUCUGCUAGUGCACCUUUCGUGUCAUCAGCUUCCAAGAGCGUGGCUGAGGUCUCCAGCUCAACAGAGAGCAUGUCUUCUCUUUCAUUGCCAAAAUCACUUACUCCAGAUGCAAAGCAUGCUCGCAAUGCAGUGCUGCCAGUACGAGUGUUUAGAAGCAAAACAGAUUUGCUCUUUAGAAAUGCAACACACUCCUCUUCGACAAGCACAAAGUCUCCACUGCUAACGGAGACAAAUGACACCUUUACUAGGAUAGCACGCACGAACAGUCCCAAUGCAGCAGCAGCUGAUGAGGAUACUUUGCAAAUCCCUUUGAGUGUUUCACCGCAGCACUCGGUGGCUGUGAAACAGACUUUUGCAGAAGACCUGUCUGAUGGAGUUUAUCAGGCAAACAGCAUGCUAUUGCCAACUGCUUCUGCACAUAGUCUCCCAAUUUCUGAUGGCUUUCCCAUGGCAAGGACAGCUCAACAGCCUCUCACAAGAGGGCUGACAGCAAAGACAUCCAUGAGCUUUAAUACUAAUAGUGUUCUGCCCUAUGGAUCUCAGCUUUCCAAAGUUUCUCCGGAUAUCCAAACCAGUAAACUCCUCAAAGGAUCAAAGAUAUUAGGCACGGUUUUGCAAUCAGGCAUGACUAGUCCUGAUCUAGUGCUGUUAAUUACUUCCACUAUGGGCCUUUCAAAACCUGAACUUGCUCUCACGAACACGUCUGCUACUAAUAUCUUCGUGACUGCACGCCUUCCACCUGGUGCUGGAGAAAGUCCAGAUGUAACUGCAAAUGAGGACAGAAAUGUGAGAGUACGCACUGUUGUGACUCCACAUGCAGAAUAUUCACCUCUAAGGGCUUUAAAUCAUUUAAAGUCUGAUCAGACUUCACUUUCAGUUGAUAGAAAGCCUCUCGCCUCUGUCAUGCCUCUAGCGUGGGGUACGCUGCCAUCACUUGUUUCCAUGACAAUGGUGAUGGACAGCCAUGGCUCCGGCUUUUCCAGGAUUUUGGAUGUGGACUCUGAAAGCAAUUUAGAUCCUGUCAGCUCUCCUGAAGUGGCAACUUCAGCUUCUAUGUGGAGCAAUACAGCAGUGCCGUCUUCAGCUGGCAUUAGUAUUCCUUCGGUAAAAACUGAAGUCAAAAUGGCAAUAAGAGGAGCUCCUCCAAGUAAUUUUCCUUUGGAAACUGAGUACCACGCACCAUACUCAGUAGUUUCAAGUCUGCAAAAGAAGAUGAAUAUAAGUAAGCAGUUGCUCUUCUCCACCUUUUCAGCAAACUAUGCAUAUGCAAACUCUAGUCAAAACAUUUCAAAUUCACCCUUCGCUGGAAAGAAGUUGAAUAGUUUUCCAGAAUUUGAUGUAGAUGCAUUUGCACUGAAAACAUCUCCCGUUCAGUAUUCAUCCCUUGCUACUGCUUUGACAGUGCCUGACCUGCAAAAAAAGCAUAGAAGCACAGCUGAAAAUGUUGCUGAUUUCUUAACUGUUGGAGGCAUUAAUAUCAGUAUGCACCAUGAAGCACCUCUUCUUUUACAUGUGCCUGCUGUUAACGGUGCAGGUGCUUUCCCUAGCUCGCUAGAAUCACAAACUGCUGAUGCUGGAAAGAUUACUUUACUGACAAAAUUCUUAGGCACAUCACCAACAUUGGCUUUUCAGCUCACUGGCAACAUGACUUUUUCAGCCAGCUAUGAACACAGUGUCAUCCACAGCAUACUGCCAACCGAGUCCCCCUUUCCCAUCGCCAAGCCUUCCAGCUCAACUCUCUUGCGUAGUUUUAUAACAGAAGAGGACAUCAGUUCUGGAAAUUUGCCAGAAUUUGCAGAUGACCAAUUAGAGUCCUCUGGUUAUUUGGUUAUGUCUGAUAAAAACCCAGCUACGUUUAGUGCGGAGGAGUGGGACGCAAAUGCUACAAGGCAUAGUCUAGUUCCCAUACACGUACCAAGGCAGAUAAAAACAACAGUAACUGACACCCAGAAGUUCACAAGUUCAGAAAUCACCAAAACGUCAACCCCAUAUCCACUGACAAUUACAGCCGCUUUGACAUCUAUUACAGCAUCAGCGAAAACAACUAGGCUUCCCCCUACUCCAGUGGAAAACACCUCUGCUCCUCCCGAAACCACAGCAGCAGCCGCUUUAGCUAACAUGACAGCAGCUCCUCCCCUGGAUUGCCGCCUCUCCAGGAACCUUAUGGUUAAAACAGUUCUGUUUCUGAACACGAGGAGGAUGCUGAUCAGCAAUCCCUUCAAGGAGAGCGUGAGAAAAGGGCUCAACCAAGUGCUGAGACAAGCUUUCAACCAAAAUGUCAGCGCUCAGAUUGAAAUCAUGGAGCAAUCAAGUAACGUUACAGUUGGUUACUACGUUACACGGGGCAGGCUCGUUUUUAUACCAGCUGCUGUAAUUGAAAGGCUUCUCGCAUACGGCAUUAGCAACGCCACGGCAGACAUCAAGCAGCAUGUACCACAUCUCCAGUCCGUGGCGGCCCUGGCCUUGCCGUGGAAGCCUCUUCCUGCGUAUCACUUCCAGCUGAAAACAGAGCUGCAGUUUGUCGGUCAAACAGACAAUAUACAGUCAUGUAAAUUUGUUCAGACCAUGGAGCAACGGUUACAGAGGGCGUUUCAGGACGCUGAAAGAAAGGUCUUAAACACCAGCAACAACUUAACAGUUCAGAUUUUGAACACCUCCAAUGUCUCCCAAGCUGUCACUCUGUUUUAUGUAGUGAACAAUCAAAGCACAACUCUAAAUGGGACUAUUUCCAGCAACCUUCUUAAUCAGCUGUCAGCUGAGCUGGUGGGUUUCUAUCUAACCUACCCACCUCUCACCAUUGCAGAAUCUUUGGAGUAUCCAAACCUUGAUGUCUCAGAGUCAACUAGAGACUACUGGGUGAUAACAGUUAUUCAAGGGGUUGAUAUUGCAUUAUUGGAACUGAACAACCAGAGCUUUGCAAGAUUAAUGGAGCAGCGUUUGGCGCCGCUGUUUAUGAUGUCCCAUCAACAAGGAAGACGAUUCAAACGUGCCACUACUGUGGGCAGCUACACCGUGCAGAUGGUAAAAAUCCAGCGUAUUCCAGGACCCAAGGAGCCAGCUGAACUGACAUACUAUACUUUAUACAACGGGAAACCUCUGCUGGGCACUGCAGCUGCCAAAAUUUUGAGUACCGUUGAUUCCCAGCGGAUGGCCUUGACACUAGGUUAUGUUAUUCAAGUGCAAGCUGAUCCUGUGGUGAAGAACCCCCCGAACAACCUGUGGAUCAUUGCAGCGGUGCUGGCUCCCAUUGCUGUGGUUACAGUUAUCAUCAUCAUCAUCACAGCAGUCCUGUGCAGAAAGAACAAGAAUGACUUCAAACCAGACACCAUGAUGAACCUGCCACAGAGAGCUAAACCGGUACAAGGCUUUGACUAUGCCAAGCAACACUUAGGUCAGCAGGGAGCUGAAGAUGAGGUUUUACCUGUAACUCAGGAGACUGUUGUACUUCCACUUCCAGUUAGAGAUGCUCCUGCCUCCCAGGAAAGAGAAAUCACUCAGGAUGGGAGCACCAUCAAAACUGCCAAAUCCAAUGAAACAAGGAAAAGCCGGUCCCCGAGUCAGAACGGCUCCAUCAUCAGCAACGGGUCGGGAAAGCCCAGCUCCGGCCGCAGCUCCCUCCAGAAAGUAAUGGCUCCGCAAAAAGUGACAAAAGAGGAAGGAAGGAAAAGAAAUGUGCCUGUAAGCGAUGAAGAAGAAGGAGGCAUUCUCUUUGAUAACAUUGCCAAAUCUGCCAUUGACCCCUUUGACACCUCUUCUGGAUCGGUACAGCUGAUAGCUAUCAAACCUGUGGCACUACCUGCUGUUCACGCUGCAUCAGAUAGGAGCCAGGAAUCUGCCAUCAUUAAUGGAGAGGUGAACAAGGCUUUGAAGCAGAAGUCCGAUAUAGAACAUUACCGCAACAAGCUGCGCUUGAAAGCCAAGAGGAAGGGGUACUACGAUUUUCCACAGGUUGAUAACAACAAGGGGCUGACAGAGAGAAAAAGGAUAUAUGAAAAAAACCAGAAGGAACUUGACCACAUUUUGGAUCCAGAUGCAGAUGUGUCGUCUCCAUUCGCUGAGCCUAAGAACAGGCAACCGAUAAAGAGCUCGGUAUACAGAAGCAGGCAGUCUCUGAACAGUCCUAGCCCAGGAGAAACUGAGAUGGAUCUUCUAGUGACUCGAGAAAGACCUAGACGUGGAAUCCGUAACAGUGGAUAUGAUACUGAGCCUGAAAUUAUAGAAGAAACAAAUGUUGACCGUGUCAACGAGCCUCGGAGUUACACCAGGUCCCGUCAGGCCAAAGGCCACUCGGAGACCUCAACUUUAAGUUCUCAGCCCUCCAUUGAUGAGGUUCGACAGCAGAUGCAUAUGCUUUUGGAAGAGGCUUUCAGCCUGGCCUCUGCGGGCCACGGAGGACAGAGCAGGCAGGAGGCGUACAGCUCGGCACCGCACUUGCCCUACUCAGAGGUUGUGACCAGUGCUCCUGGUACCAUGACCCGACCUAGAGGGGGGGUACAGUGGGUACCCACAUACAGACCAGAAAUGUAUCAGUACAGUUUACCAAGACCAGCUUACAGAUUUUCUCAGCUUCCUGAGAUGGUAAUGGGUUCUCCUCCUCCUCCUGUCCCUCCCAGAACAGGUCCUGUGGCUGUUGCCUCUCUCAGGAGGUCUACAUCAGAUAUUGGCAGCAAAGUGAGAAUACCUGAAUCCAGUGGGGCAGAUCAGGCCCAGCAUCAUGAUCAGGCAUCUUUUGCACCUGGUUCGAGAGCUCCUAUGUCUGUUGGUCCACUUGAUCAAUCAGCUUUUCACUCAGGAAAUACUGUACCAGCAGUGUUUGCCAUACCAGCAGCAAACCGACCUGGCUUCACAGGCUAUUUUAUCCCAACACCACCCACUGCAUACAGGAACCAAGCCUGGAUGCCCUACACUGGAGAGAAUGAAUUACCAGGGCAGUGGGCAGACUCAGUACCACUACCUGGAUACAUCGAGGCUUAUCCGAGGCCCCGCUACCAACAUAAUUCUCCUUCGCGACUUCCUCGCCAAUACAGCCAGCAAGCGAGCAUGCAUCCCAGCCUGGAACAAGCUCCUUUGCCAUCCACUGCAGCUUCUCAGCAGAGCCUGACGGAAAAUGACCCGUCUGACACUCCUCUCACCAACAUUUCUACAGCUGCUCUCGUAAAGGCAAUUAGAGAAGAAGUUGCUAAACUGGCCAAGAAGCAAACAGAUAUGUUUGAGUUCCAGGUCUAA